UCUUUGAAACUUUGAGUACAGAGGACAUUUAGCUCAAAAGCUGGUUUAUUCUCAGCUUGUUUAGCUUUCCAGCUAAAUCCUGACUGUUCCAUUGGAGAAUAUUCCACCAGUUAUGGACGAAGUGAAUAGAUUUUCUGCAGGAAUGUUUGGAUAUCUUAUAGUUGGAAUAUUGGUUUUAGGGGUGUUUCCUAUGAGCAUUUGUAAAGUUUCUUUUUCAAAAGGCAGCCUGGAUGACUCCAGUCCAUUUUUUCAUAAAUACCAUGAACCAGGAGACUCCAUACUUGGUGGCAUAAUUUCUCACAGCUUUGUAGUUUCGGAGACGAUCACAUUCACAAGACAUCCCUUUGAAGACCUCUCAGCUGCAUUUAUAUUACUAACUCAGACUUAUCAGCACAUCUUGGCUCUGGUAUUUGCUGUAAAAGAGAUUAAUGGAAAUCCCCAGAUCUUGACCAAUGUCACCCUGGGCUUCAACAUCUAUAAUAACUAUUUUAAUCCAAAACUGACAUAUGAAGCAACAAUGAAAAUCCUCUCCACACCAGACAGGUUCAUCCCAAACUAUAAAUGUGAUUUCCAGAACAACCUAGUCGCAGUCAUUGGAGGACCUAACUCAAACGAUUUUUUUUACAUAGCAACCAUCCUGAGUCAAUACAAGAUUGCACAGGUAGUUUUUGUUCACGGAAGAGGAAAAAAAAACCUGAAGAAAUCCGUAACAAUUCCUUUGCUUGUUAAAUAUGAAACAUAAGAUGCUGGGUUCCAGAAUGUUGAUUUGGCUACUAAUUUGAAUUGUAAUUUAGACAGAAUGAAAAGGACAAACCAAAAAUUGAAAUUAGUCAGGGAAGAGUGUGAAAUAAACCAAGAUAUGGAAAUCCAGGUUACCAGUUAAAUAUGGAAAUAUUUACUUAUUGAAUUGAUUUCUGAAAUUCAGGUUACAUUCAGUAUUUACCGGUCCACAAUAGAAAGCGUCCUCUCUUAUUGCAUCACGGUAUGGCAUGCCAGCUUGACAGCUGCAGAUAGAAAAAAACAUUACAGAGGGUGGUGAGCACAGCACAAAACAUUGUGUGCUGUCUCCUGAUACCACUAGAUGAGAUCGCUUGGGCUCUCUGCCUUAGAAGAGUGAGGAAAAUUCUCAGGGACGGCUCUCACCCUGCUCACUACUACUUUACCCUCCUACCCUCCUAGCCAGCCGCACAAACAGGCUGAAGAACAGUUUUUAUCCGUGGACUGUCAGACUCCUGAAUGUGAAAUAACAUCAUAACAUCGUAGUACGAUGGACUUGCAGGGUGGGCGCAACAUGUAACAUGUUCACACUGAUUCAAUAGGACUGGGUUUUUGUUAAUAUGAUUUAUUGGGUUAGGGGUUUUCUGUCUUCACUGUGAGUUGUAUUGUGUU